AUGCAGCAUCCUAAUGAAAGCUACCUCGUGGAUACCUUGCAAUACCUGUUCCAGACAACCUCACUAAAUGAGCAGAACUAUUUCAUAGUGCUGGUCCACCUGCCAAAUCUUGACCCUGAGCAGCUCAGGGGAACAGUAGCAAAUAUCUCAGGCCUCUUCAAAGCACAUAUCAAGGCCCAGAAGCUACUUGUGAUCCGUGGUCUCCUCAACGACUCUUCCCUUCCAAAAGAUGGCAAAAAUGCCAGUCACUCCCCAUUCCGUGAGGCAUUUUAUUCCAAGCAGAACACAGAUUACGCCCUCCUCAUGAACUUUGCUAGCAACCUCUCAGAUUACUUUCUAAUGACAGGAGAUAAUGUUCACUGCAGCUCCAAAUAUGUUGCUUUAAUCUAUUGGACAGUAAAAGCUUGGAAGGAAAUACCUUGGGUGACCUUGGAGUUCUCGGAUCUACGUUUCUCGGGGAAAGUUUUCCACACAAUUCACCUCUCCCAGCUGAGCACCUUCUUCUUGCUCUUCCAGGACGCCCCAACAGACUUGCUUCUCUCAAGGUUCCGUUUUCUCUUGGGCCAGAGAGUUCCAAUUAGCCCCACUACUUACCUUUUCCAUUCUCAGAAGAACCGUAUCACUUUUGAGAAGGCAUGUUAUCAAGAAGAAAAGGAAAAGGAAGAAGAUGGACCUGAAAACCCUCCUGCCCAAAUCUUCACUAGCAUGUUGGUGAAAGGUCUCCAUCCCCCAGAACAUGCCUAUUUUUUGAAUGAAGAUUACUUUCAGACUGAUUUUGCCUUUGAUGGCAGCAGCUACCUGGUGAUUUUUGAUGAGUCACAUGAGGUGAGCCGGAUCCAGGUGUUGACAGGCACUGGCAAGAACAGGCAGUACCAGUUGGAAAAUGGGCUAGUAGAACUAGGCUAUGAGCCUGUUGAGGAGACAGGCGGCUGCACGUACUAUACCCUGCUGGGACCACUCGUGAGAGGAAACUUGGAUCAGAAGGUAUUUUACGAAGACGGUUUUGUGGGAAAAGUAAGAUGUGUAAAACUUCUGGUGACAAAUUUUCAGAAUGCCAUUGUUCGGAUCUCACAUGUCAAAAUAUGGAUUAAGUUUCAGGAAGAGUAG